UCCCUUGACGCGCUCAUUUUUCUGUGGGCACGGCUUGAAUGACGGCGCUGACCCAAGUUCAAACUCGUGCCUCAGCUGCGAGGAACAGCCGGAUUCCCGGCAAAAGGAGACGGUCGGAUCCUCAGUUUGGCGCCUGAGGAGGAACCUGCGUAUGGAACCAAGGAGAACCUGGAGAACCUCACCAUGCUGCUGCUCCGAACCCUCACGGCUGCGCUCCUGAUCAAUUGGGGACUGUCUUGGGCUGCUCCAUGUCCGGAAAAUGUGGUGGUGAGCUGUGAAAAUUUGAAAAUUACUGUCCGAUGGGAUUGCCAAGGACGACAACCAGAAACCAGUUUCAGAGUGAAGAUGAUGUCAUACAGCACAGUGACACAUGAGGCUAUCACCAAACACAGCGAGUACGAUCUGAGCCACUAUGUUUGGAAAUCCAAAGACAUCAGCUUGAGCUUCCUCUAUGUUACCGUGACAGCCUUGCAUGGUGGAAACCAGUCAAAAGAAGUGGAAUCGAACACUUUCUCCUUUAACGCUUUGAGGACCAUCGCUACAUACUGUAUUUUAGAGUUCCCUCCCGUUUUUCUGGUUGUGGAUAAGACGAGCGCUGUGGUGAAGUUCCCUAAUCCAUUCCAAUUCUAUGACGAAAUCAAGCAGGCGUACAAAACUUCUGCUGAUUCUCUGCUUAAAUUCACAGUGACUUCAGGGAUAAACUUGGAGAAGGAUGCAUUUUGCAGAAAGGCUGAGCCCACCUGCACAACUGAAGUGACGUUCCCUGACAGCAGGGAGAACUGUGUCACGCUGAAAGGCUGGUUGAUUGAUGACCAGGGGAUUGACGAAUUACCGAUCAACCAGACUCAAAAGAUCUGUGGCUCUGAAAAAAAUGGAAAUGACGUCACUCUUCUCAUCAUUCUGCUGUGCAUCUUCGGUAUGAUAUUGAGCGUGGCAGUAAUCGUCAUCUGUAAGGUGAAGGCCUGGACCAUGAAGAGCCCACCUCUGCCGAAGCUUCUGGAUGUGAAGCAUAGCCUGAACCAGAAAUACGUCCUCGAUGAGAAGAUCACUGCAGUCACGAUUCAGGGGUCUUCAGAGAAAGCCCCCCAUGAGGAAAGUGGGGAGCUCCUACAGAAGGGGUUGGAGGAUUCAAGCCCGUUUUCGGGGAGAAACAGGAAGGACUAUAACUCCACCGAUAGCUCCGUGAAGACCGAGACCCUUUCCAUGAGCUCUGAAGACGACGAGAUGGAGUACGGAUCCCCGUAUGAGUUCCGGGAGCCUGUUCUCUUUCGGGACAUGGGGAAUGGAGACGUGGUGAUCGUUUACACUGGAACAUGAAGGAACCUUUUCUGGGACUAAGUGACUGUAUUUUCCACGAGUAGCUUAUCCAUCAAACCAGACGAUAAACUAUGAUGGGUUGUGCUAUAAAGACUUCUUAUAACCCAGGGACAUCAUGGAGGACCACAUUUAUGGACCUGUAGCUUUUUUUUAAUGUGAAUGUUUCUUCAAGAAAAUAAAUCAUAAUAUCAGAAGACGAGCCAGUUGCAGCAGGGUUGUGACUCAACUGCAUCGCAAAAACAAGCAGGUGAUUUCUCUGUCACCUUUAUGCCCCCUGCGGGGGUGGAUCUCCUCAACAAGAGGUUUCCCUCAUCUGGCAUGAUUUCCUGCAGCUUUUUUCUGAGAUGGCUGAGCCAAGAACGCCUUCGUUGACGUCACAGCUCAGGAAAGCAGAAGAUCCUAUUGGGUGGAGGAAGGUGCUUGGUUUCCUUACGCUCUCAUUAACAGAAGUACUAUUGGUUUUAAUCCCUACUUGUUUAUUCUGUCCUUUAUAUUUUUUGUAAAUGACUGUGAUGCACUGAAACUGGAUUUUAUUCUGUUGAUAUUUCAGGCGAGUAACUUUCCCCCUCUAACUUGCACAACUCUACCUUUAAACCCGUCAGUUUAAAGUUUCUGGCUUUUAUAAGUUGACGGGCGUAAACCUAAAUUCUCAUCUUCAAACAAUGACGGUAAGAGUGAAGCAACCGCAGAACCUGCUAAACCAGCUCAGCACGUGAAGUUUCCAUCAGCUUUAGCACAUUUUGUUUGUUACAUGAGUGUUUUAGUUUAGGUCACUUUAAUCUGCAUUCUAAGAUUUAAAGGCACAGCCUCGACUAAAUCUCGAUUUUCACAAAGAAGACGCACCGUUUCCUACUUUUCUGAAUGAAGUUGUGUCAACAUUUUUUUAUUGGGUUUAUAACCUGAAGGCAUGUGAUCAUUGCAGGAAAAAUUAUAUUAUGGUGUGCUUAUUAUAAAACUGUAUUAUUUUUAAUAAAGAAACGUGAAAAAAAGUG